CUUGGAGAGCUGGGACUCUGUUUUCAGCUGGGUGACUUGCUCCCUCCCAGCACCAUGCCUUACAACUGCUACCUGCCCAACCUGAGCUGCCGUUCCAGCUGCUCCUCCAGGCCCUGCGUGGCCCCCAGCUGCCACAGCACCCCCCUGCCCGGGGCCUGGAACAUCCCCGCCAACGUGAGCAACUGCGGCUGGUUCUGCGAGGGCUCCUUCAAUGGCAGCGAGAAGGAGACCAUGCAGUUCCUGAAUGAACGCCUGGCCAGCUACCUGGAGAAGGUGCGGCAGCUGGAGCGGGAGAAUGCGGAGCUGGAGAGCCGCAUCCAGGAGCGGUGCCAGCAGCAGGAGCCCCUGAUGUGCCCCAGCUACCAGUCCUACUUCCGGACCAUCGAGGAGUUCCAGCAGAAGAUCCUGUGCGCCAAGUCGGAGAACGCCCGGCUGGUGGUGCAGAUUGACAACGCCAAGCUGGCCGCAGACGACUUCAGGACCAAGUACGAGACGGAGCUGGGCCUGCGGCAGCUGGUGGAGUCGGACAUGAAUGGGCUGCGCAGGAUCCUGGACGAGCUGACCCUGUGCAAGGCCGACCUGGAGGCCCAGGUGGAGUCCCUGAAGGAGGAGCUGCUCUGCCUCAAGAGGAACCAUGAGGAGGAAGUCAACACUCUGCGUUGCCAGAUUGGAGACCGCCUCAAUGUGGAGGUGGACGCUGCCCCCACCGUGGACCUGAACCGUGUGCUCAAUGAGACCAGGUGCCAGUAUGAGGCCAUGGUGGAGACCAACCGCAGGGACGUGGAGGAAUGGUACACCAACCAGACCCAGGAGCUGAACAAGCAGGUGGUGUCCAGCUCAGAGCAGCUGCAGACCUGCCAGGCGGAGAUCAUUGAGCUGAGACGCACGGUCAACGCCCUGGAGAUCGAGCUGCAGGCCCAGCACAACCUGAGGGACUCACUGGAGAACACGCUGACGGAGACGGAGGCCCGCUACAGCUCCCAGCUGUCCCAGGUGCAGUGCAUGAUCACCAAUGUGGAGUCCCAACUGGCUGAGAUCAGGGGUGACCUGGAGCGGCAGAACCAGGAGUACCAGGUGCUGCUGGACGUCCGGGCCCGGCUGGAGUGUGAGAUCAACACGUACCGGGGCCUGCUGGAGAGCGAGGACUGCAAGCUGCCCUGCAACCCCUGCGCCACAACCAACGCCUGCAGCAAGCCCAUUGGGCCCUGUGUCUCCAAUCCCUGCACACCUUGUGUCCCCCGCCCCCGCUGUGGACCCUGCAGCCCCUUUGUGCACUAAGGGCUGCCAGAGGAGCCAGGAGGCAGGGCCCAGGGCUCCAGAGCUUUGACCUGGCCCUGGUUCAUUUGACACAAGGGCCUGAAGACACAAUUUGCAUGGCUGGAAACUCACCCAACCUACUCUAGAUCAUUCAUUCCCUGCCCCACCUUGCCUUCACCAGGGUCUGUUCCUUCUCUGCUUGUCCAGAGAACCCUCCCAGCACCAGCGGCCUUCCUUGGAACUUCCUAAUAAACUUGACUU